GUCCGGACUAACAGAUCCACAACAUAAGUUCUUAACCCCUCGCUAAAUCCUCCACUUCCCGCUGGUUUUGCCGCCUCUCUGUGUUGCAAAAUAUGUACGGACAGCCUUUGCGCUUCCGCCCAGACGGUGGCGCCCGAAGAGCUCCACCACCGGCACAACCUCAGGUGCCAUAUCUCCCAAACCUCAACUUUUUUCAAAACCCUAAUUUCUACCUCCAGAAUCCCACAAUCCCAAGCCCUGUCAACCAGUACCUCCAAAACCCUAAUUUUUCUUUCCAAAAUCCUAAUUUUCCGAUUCAAAACCCUAAUAUUCCUAUCCAAAACCCUGUCUUCCCGAUUCAAAACCCUAAUAUUCCUAUCCAAAGCCCUAACUUCCCGAUUCAAAACCCUAAUAUUCAUUCAGGAAAAAAAAAUACAAAAACUAAUAUUCCUAUCCAAAACCGUGAUCCCCCUCGCCAUCGCUUCCCCGAUCAACGGAUUCAGUCUGAGACACCAAGGGUCAAUGAAAGUCUAGAGAGGAUCGAGCGUGCGGUUUCCAAGGGUCGCCGCGAUAUUCUUGAUGCCGGAGAAAGUGUGUCCGCUUGGAAGGUCUCGCAGUCUGUGCUGUUGACGUUGCGAGCCGAUUCAUGGGAAUCGUUAGGGCUUCAAAUGAAACAAGAGCCGUCGUUUCAAAUGCAAGAAGUGCCGUCUCUCCAACGCCUUAUAGAAACAGAAGCAAAGGUUAAUUCAUUUAUCCACUGCUUUGUUGCGGUUCAGAGAAUUACUUCAUUGUAUGAAUUGGAAGUUGCAAUUUGCAAGAGUGAAGGUGUAAAGCAGUUUGAGGAGCUAGAAUUGGGUCCGUUGGUACGGCACCCCCUUGUUGUGCAUUAUUUUUCUUUGAGUUCUGACGUGACAGAACCGUUCAAGAUAACAAGUAAAGCAAUAGUCUCUUUUCUUUUGGAGUUCUUGGAUACUCAUGAGGGUGAAGAAAUUGAUGUUGAGGAAUUUUUGGAUUUUAUUGCGAAGAAGAGAUCAGUGAUGUCCAGGGAAAAGCUUUGUGUGCGUAUUCAAAGCUUGGGGAUGCAUAUUACUAUUAUUCGGAAAGCAAGGAGACUUGAAAGUAGCCCUAUAAAGAAAUACAUCAAAGGCUUGAAAAAGAAAUCUGAUAAGAAAAGCGGGAAACGCCCUCUUUUAACCUCACAAAAAAAGCAGCUUGAUGACCGUUUUAGUGCCUUGUCACAGCGUAUCAAAUCAUUUUCCUCUGUACAUGAGGAUUUUUGUGGCAAGCACGUACGAUUUUUCUCAUCAAGUUCAGAGGAUGAUGAUAGUGAUGAUCAUGUGGAUGAAGAUGACAAGGAUGAAAAGGACAAACUGAGUGACUGCAAAAUUUCAUUGGAAAAUACAAAUUCUUCUGAUCGAUUGAGUAGCUGUCCUUAUCCGUCAGCAUCUGAGGAGAUGACACGGCUUGGCUUGAAACUCGAGAUGGAUGAGAAUCAACCUGCUAGUGGCAGCCCAAGGCACAACAAGAGUAACGGACAAUCUAAAAACAAACGGAAAUCUGAAAAUUUAAGUUGCAGUGUCUCUGCACCCCACAAAGUGCCAAAAAGAGAUAAGGUAGAACCACAUCGCCUUUUGAAUGAGAGUCAGUCAGAUGAACUUAGCAGACAUGAAGAAAAUGAUAUUUUCCUUUUCGAAAAUUCCAUGAGGGUGUUCAUCACAACAUGGAAAGAGGCAUGUCAGGAGCAAAGCGUUGCUGAGGUUCUUGAGAGGAUGCUUCAAUUCUAUAAAACAUCACCCCAAAGAAGGAAGAAACUGAGAUUGAUGUUCUCUUCAUAUCCAUAUGUUGGAUUACUAAAUCUUGCUGUGACGUCUAUAAAAUGUGGAAUGUGGGAUAGCAUGUAUGAUACCUUACAAGAUUUUGGUCAGUAUGGAGUAGCAAAUACACUUCCAGAGAAAUGUUCUGAGUAUGUAAACAUUGAGGUUGAACCAACUGAGAAGGAUGCACCGGUCAUCGCUGAGCAUGUUUCGGAGCAUAAGUGCAAUGUCACUCUUGAAGAUAUUGUCCACAAAGUUGCUAUAUAUUUUGAGCUUGAUGAUGACAUUGUGAACAAUGUUGGAUCAUAUUUAGAGAAACAAUUUUCCUUAUUGAGGAAGCUUCGCAAAUGUGAGCUUUGGCUGACUGAGCAAUUUUCUGUCAAGGAAUUUGAGUCCCUUGGUUAUGGGGAGUUUCUUAUGUUCUUAGAGAAUCACGAGUCUCUACUACCUAAAGCAUUGCAGAAGUGCUUGACUGGUGGCAGAUGUGAAAAGUCCCCAUUGGAGGUUUACAUGCUCCAUCAUCAGUUAUCUGUACUACUGUCACAAGCUUCAAAUAGCUUAUGGGAAAAUGAAAACAUAACCAGACAGGAGAUUUCUGUGCUGCUUACGAGGCAAUUCCCAUUAAUCAGUUUCAAAUUAGUGGAAAAUGGAUCCAUGAAAGAUUUUCUGGAUGGUGUAAGAGAGAACAAAAGCAGUGCAAUUUCUAAUUGUGUCUUAUUCUCUGCAACUUUGUUAGAAAAGUGUUGCAUUGGAGACUCAUUGCCUCAUAAGGAGGAAGAUUUGCUAAAAAAUACUGGGGCGAUAAAUGGAGUAGGCCUUAAGGCAGGAAACCUUGGUUCUGUUACAAGCAAGGAUGCAAUUGAAGUCUUGCUUAGAGCACCAAUGUUGUCAGAUUUACAUUCUUGGUCGCAUUGGGACCUUAUAUUUGCUCCUUCACUUGGUCCUCUUCUGGAAUGGUUGCUGAGUGAGGUCAAUACAAAAGAGCUACUGUGUUUAGUGACAAAGGAUGGCAAAGUAUUGCGGAUUGAUCAUUCAGCAACUGUCGAUUCAUUUUUAGAAGCUUUUCUUCAGGGAUCAUCUUUCCAAACUGCAGUAGAACUGUUAUCUUUGUUUUCAUUGUAUGGGGGUAAAAGACACGUUCCGGUGUCCCUUCUAAAAUGCCAUGCACGGCAAGCUCUUGAAGUCCUUAUGAAAAAUUCUAUGGAAAUGGAAGUAACUGACUGUCAGAAUUUUCUCAUGCGCGGAAACGAAAUGCAUGGGCAGCGAUUGCUUGAUGAAGACACAUCCUAUACUUUCAGCAGUGAAUCAUACAAAAGCAAAAACAAAGUUAAUAGAGCGGUUCCUGCUGCAUCAAGGUUUCUCCUUGAUUGUCUCGGUUAUCUACCUAUCGAAUUAUGUGGUUUUGCUGCAGAUGUAUUGCUUUCGGGGAUGCAAUCUGUUAUCAGAGAUGCUCCUGCAGCCAUUUUGAGUGAAUGCAGGCAAAGUGAGCAUCGUCUUAUGCUUCAUGAAGUGGGAUUAUCUCUUGGUAUAGUGGAAUGGAUUGAGGAUUACCGUGUAUUUUGUUCAUCUAUGGUUACUGAUUUGUCCGGUGGAGCAUCACAAGUAAAACCUGUUAGUUCCAGCACAGGCUCAAUACAUAUCCAAGAUGCACUAGUUAAGAGGCGUUCCUCUGAAGCUGAAAGAGGAUUGGUUGUUACGACAGAACCGCAUAAUGAAAACAGUUCUAGAGUUUGUCACAUGGUUAACAAGGUAGCGGUUUCUGGUGAUGAUUUUGGGGAUGAUUGUGUACAACAUAUAUCUGAACUUGAAAAAGAUAAGGAUGCUGCCCUUGUUAUUGAAUCUAUUAGGCGUCAAGAAUUUGGUUUGGAUCCAAGUCUUUCAGAUUUGGAAAGGAGUAUGCUGAAGAAGCAGCAUGCUCGUUUAGGGAGAGCACUCCAUUGCCUUUCACAAGAGUUGUAUUCUCAGGAUUCACAUUUUCUUCUGGAACUUGUUCAGAAUGCUGAUGACAAUGUGUACCCUGGAAAUGUGGAACCAACUCUGACUUUCAUUCUUCAAGAGGCUGGCAUUAUUGUUCUAAAUAAUGAACAUGGGUUCUCUGCUCAGAACAUCAGAGCACUUUGUGAUGUUGGAAAUUCAACAAAGAAGGGAUCUGGUGCUGGAUAUAUUGGGAAGAAAGGCAUUGGCUUCAAAUCAGUAUUCCGGGUGACAGAUGCUCCAGAAAUUCACUCCAACGGGUUUCAUGUGAAGUUUGAUAUAAGUGAAGGUCAGAUUGGUUUUGUUUUGCCAACAGUUAUACCUCCUUGUGAUAUUGAUUUGUUUGGAAGGCUGGCAUCUGCCAACAUUGAUCAAAUGGAUACUAAUUGUUGGAGUACUUGCGUUGUUCUUCCUUUCAAAUCAAAAUUAUCAGAAGGUUCUGCUAUGACCAGCAUUGUGUCUAUGUUUUCAGAUCUCCAUCCAUCUUUAUUACUUUUUCUUCACCGCCUUCAUUGUAUUAAGUUUAGAAACAUGCUUGAUGAUACACUCAUUGUCAUGAGGAAAGAAAUUAUGGGGGAUGGUAUUACAAAGGUUUCCAUUGGGAAUGAGAAAAUGACUUGGUUUGUAGCAUCUCAAAAGUUGCAAGCUGAUGUGAUCCGUCCUGAUGUGCAAACAACAGAAAUUUCAGUUGCAUUUACACUACAGGAAUCAGGCAAUGGAGGUUACAUCCCACAUCUGGAACAACAGCCUGUUUUUGCUUUUCUUCCCCUAAGAACAUAUGGUUUAAAAUUUAUCCUCCAAGGUGAUUUUGUUCUUCCUUCGUCUAGAGAAGAAGUUGAUGGAAAUAGUCCGUGGAACCAGUGGUUACUGUCACAGUUCCCUGAUUUGUUUGUUAGUGCAGAGAGAUCAUUUUGUGCCCUUUCCUGUUAUAGGGAGAAUCCAGGAAAGGCUGUGGCAGCUUUUAUGAGUUUUGUUCCCCUUGUAGGGGAGGUGCAUGGAUUUUUCUCUAGUCUUCCCCGAAUGAUUAUUUCUAAAUUACGCAUGUCAAACUGCUUGCUUUUGGAAGGGGAUAAUCACGAAUGGGUCCCUCCAUGCAAAGUUCUAAGAAAUUGGAAUGAGCAAGCUCGCACCCUUUUGCCCGAUAGCUUGCUUCAAGAGCACCUUGGCCUUGGAUUACUGGAUAAAGAUAUAGUUCUAUCUGAUUCAUUAGCGAGGGCACUAGGUAUUGAGGAGUAUGGACCCAAAAUCCUACUUCAAAUUCUGUCUUGCUUGUGUCAUACGGAGAAUGGUCUCAAAUCAGUUGGCCUUGUUUGGUUGUCCUCUUGGCUCAAUACUCUCUAUACAAUGUUAUAUCGUUCUUCAAUGCAAACAUCCCUGAAUUCUGGGACGGAGGUAGAUCUUAUAAAUAACCUUAAAAAAAUUCCGUUCAUUCCUCUUUCAGAUGGUACUUAUGGUUCAGUUAAUGAAGGUACAAUUUGGUUACCUUCAGAUGCUUUGGACACGGUGUUAGAUAAUGAGCAUGGUCUGAAAGCUUUCCCAAAGUUGUAUGGUAAACUUCGGACAGUAAGUCCUUCCCUUUUUGCUGGUGCUGCGGCUGUUGAUGUCUCAUGCUAUGACGUGUCAGUGGUGGAUAACCUUACAAGGAUGCUUCAUCUAGUUGGUAUUCAACGAUUGUCUGCACAUGAAAUUGUAAAGAUGCACAUCUUGCCAGCGAUUUCUAAUGACAGAAUGGCAAUAGGGGAUAAAACUUUGAUGAUAGAAUACCUCUACUUUGUAAUGUUCCACCUACAAUCAAUUUGCCCCGACUGUCGUGUUGAAAGGGGGUACAUAAUCUCAGAGUUGCAUAAUAAAGCUCUUAUUUUGACAAAUCAUGGUUAUAAACGACCUGCUGAAGUCCCAAUUCAUUUCAAUAAAGCAUUUGGGAAUCCUGUUGAAGUAAAUAAGUUGGUUGAUGGCAUGGAUUUGAAAUGGCAUGAGGUUGAUGUGUCCUACUUGACACAUCCGACUAUCAAAUCACUUUCUGGUGGGAUGAUGAAGUGGAGGCAAUUCUUCCAGGAAUUAGGCAUCGUGGAUUUUGUGCAUGUUGCUUUAACUGAGAAGAGUAUUACUGAUAUAUCUCAUGCUAAUGUGAAGAAAAUGAUGUUGGAUUGGGACAUGAUUUCCCCUGGGUCAAUUGCCAAGGACUGGGAAUCACAAGAAUUGAUUCAGUUGUUAUCCCGAUUGUCCUCAAGUGGUGACCGGAUAAGGUCUAAAUACCUCUUGGAGUUGCUUGACACACUAUGGGAUGAUUGUUUUUGUGAUAAAGUUACUGGUUACUGCAAUCUUAAUUCUACUGGGGAUAGCAGAUCGUUCAAAUCUUCAUUCAUAAGUAGCCUCUUCGAUUAUCGGUGGGUGUCGUCGAGUAUAAAUGAAGAACUUCACUAUCCUAAAGAUUUAUUCUACGAUUGUGAUGCAGUCCGCUCAAUUCUAGGUGCUACUGUUCCAUAUGCAGUUCCAAAGGUAAGAAGCAAAAAGUUUUUGGGUGAUAUCGGGUUUAAGACUCAAAUUAACCUUGAUGACAUUUUGGCUGUUCUUCAAGUUUGGAGAAGAUCUGAGACUCCUUUUAAAGCUAGCAUAGCACAAAUGUCCAAAUUUUACACCUUUUUGCGGAAUGAAAUGGCUACUUCAAAGCAAAAAAUUGCAGAGGAAUUGUGUUUGGGACCUUUUGUUUUUGUUCCAUAUUUAUGUGGUUCUAGGCAUGAGGAUGUUGUACCUGGUGUAUUUUACUCUCCUCAAGAAGUAUAUUGGCAUGAUCCAACUGGUUGUAUUGACCAAAUGACAGAAAUCCAUUCGCAUUCUGGCUUAGGUUCAACUUAUCGUUCCUUAAGCAAAACAUUAUGCAACAUUUAUCCAGGCCUUCAUGACUUUUUUGUCUAUGAUUGUGGAGUCAACGAGAUCCCUUCUUCUCGUAGCUACCUUCAGAUUUUGCAGGAGUUGUCAACUAUUGUAUUGCCUUCACAGGCUGCUCACACUGUUUUCCGAGUUUUUCUAAGGUGGAGUGAUGAACUAAAAUCUGGAUUGCUGAGCUCUGAUGAUAUUGUUUACUUGAAAGAGUGUAUUCUAAAAUUGGAAUGUACAGUGCUUCCCGUUGUACAAGAUAAAUGGGUUUCUCUACACGCAUCAUUUGGCCUUGUAUGCUGGUGUGAUGAUGAUGAGUUAAGAAAGGAAUUUAAGCAUUUGGACAAUAUUGAUUUUCUUUACUUUGGUGAACUUAGUGACAGUGAAAAAGAGAUGCUUCGAUUGAAGGUAUCUGGUCUGAUACAAACCUUAGAGAUUCCUGCUCUUUCAGAGCUUACAACUCGUGAACCAAUAUAUUAUGGACCAGCUGACUGUAGUUUCACAGCUUCAUUGGUGAACUGGGCUCUUCCUUAUGCUCAGCGCUACAUCUACAAUGUACAUCCCAAUAAAUAUUUUCAACUCAAGCAGUCUGGAUUUGAGAAACUGAGUCAUGUGCGAGUUGUUGCUGUUGGAAAGUUGUUUUAUAGGAAUGUCAUAAAAAAAUCUGGCAUUGCAUCUAAGAAGCGAUUUGAAUGUAGCUGUCUUUUACAGGGCUAUGUUUUGUACACCACUCAGGAAUCAGAUUCCCACUCUGUAUUCAUGGAGCUUUCUCGCUUAUUAUUUGACGGAACUCCUGAACUACACUUGGCGAAUUUUCUUCACAUGAUCACAACCAUGGCAGAAUCAGGCUCCAACGAGGAGCAGACCGAAUUUUUCAUUUUAAAUAGUCAGAAGAUUCCAAAACUUCCUGAUGAAGAACCUGUCUGGUCCCUUUCAUCUGUGACAUCAUUAACAGAGAAUGACGAGGCAUUCCUGACAAGUUGUGCUUCAACGAUGAUUAAUGAGCAAAAGUUUUCAAAAUCUAAGAGAAGACCAGGAAUCAGCUCUAGCUGGCCACCUGUGGACUGGAAAACUGCACCAGGUUUUAGUUUUGCUCGUGCAAAUGGAUUAGCAACACAAGCAGCAGUUCUGCAGCCAAGCAGUGGCCUGCAGGUGAGAAUGGAGGAAGUUUCUGAAGAAAUUGUUGCACAGAUAGAUCACAUGGAACAAAUUAAUGCUGAUUCGACCACUGAAGGUCACUCAGCAUCACUCACAAUGGCAGCAUGUUUACAAGAUUCUGAAUUUUUAGAAGUGCAGUCUUAUCAUGCUUACAAUCUGGUUGCUUCUGAUAUGGAUGUCACAUUGAAUACACCAUCUGAUGGACCCAACUCCAGUACAUCGAAGUUUGGUCAGAGAGAACAGCUAUCUUUUGGCACACCCAAUGCACAGCAAACAUUGUUAACAGGGAGAUUAGGAGAGUCUGUAGCUUUCAAUUACUUUGCUGCUAAUGUUGGCGGGUCAAGUGUAAGAUGGGUAAACAAAGAUAAUGAAACCGGGCUACCCUUUGACGUUGUCGUAGGGGAUAAUGAAAAGAGCAUGGAAUACAUAGAAGUUAAAGCAACCAAAUCUGCAAGGAAGGAUUGGUUUGCCAUAUCUAUGAGAGAGUGGCAAUUCGCAGUUGAAAAAGGUGAAUCUUACAGCAUUGCACAUGUUGUUUUAUUUGGUAACAAUACGGCAAAGAUUAAAGUAUUCAAGAACCCAGUAAAACUAUUCCAGCAAGGGAAGCUGCAAUUGGCUGUUUUGAUGCCAAAGCAGCAAAAGGAAAUUUCCAUCAAUCCCUGACGGUGCUACCUGUUAUUUGUACUUCUGUGGAGCUUCACUUGGAUGCCGGAGGAAUAUGACUGCUCGGUUUCCUCAUGAUUUCUUAAAGGAUCAUUCACCAGUUGACAGAAUUUAUGACUUCAAACUAGACGUUGAAAUUAUAACGGCCAUCUGGUGCUCCAUCGAAUGAAGAUAUUUUUAGGAAGGACGAGAUAUGGUUGACAAGUGCAGCAAUGCAAUGUCUUCUAUAGGGUUGCAGCAUACGCGCAUGACUACAUGAAUAAAGCCAUGUUCCUUGAAGGGCAAUUCCGGUGCGGUGAAACUAUAGGACGACUUCUUAAUAAGGGUUAUGCAUGAUCUGGAGAACUGACCUGAAAAUAAUAUUGAUACACUCCCCAUUUGUGUACCAUGUAUAACUGGUGCAGAAGCCUAUGGUCACGAUAUAGUUUUAACUUUUUCCAAUAGAGAAUGUAAAUAUUAUUUUUUCUGUUGUAAUUCAUUCAUCGAGAGAGAUGGCCCAAGGAGAUUGCCAUAAGCGUUUUUUAAUGUCCUGUUCCGUAUCAUCCUCAGAUAUAAAAACUUUUUUUUUUUUUUUUGGUAAGUACAUUUGGAUAUAAAAACUUAGUAACAGAAGUGAAUGGUUAUACAUGAUUUUGUAUUA